AUGGGGUCAUACAAGUGUGCUUUGGAGUUAUGGAGAAAAAAGCAAACAGAUGUUAUUAGGGUUUUGCCCAAGAUGAGAUUGUGGGGGUACAGAGCUUUCCACACAGAGGAGGCCAAGCCAGAUCAGUUGCUGGCAGUACUGAAAUCAGGAUGUGCAAGUCAAUCUAUUGCUCCCGCAAACCAUUUGACUAGGGGCGUAGCUGGAGCUGAUGGAAUUCCUGUUCUAUAUGGAAGGAAGUGCGCUAGAGAGUUAAUGUCUACUUCUUGGCCACAAUUUCAACCCACAAGAAACUAUAUAGCAAGUUCCAGCAUUCCUCAAUUUUGUAGAUCCAUUUCAUCAAAAGCUUCACGGCAACCACGACAAAGUCCAUCUGAGAAUAAGAAAGACUUAUCUACUGUAGAGGAUCCUUUUGAUGCUCCUACAUACAACAUCCCAGAAAAGCCUGUGACAUUUGUAGAGGGAGCUUCCUACAGUGUAGUUAUUCUUGCAGGGCUUGGAAUUGCUGCUGCCGCAGGAUAUGCUGUCUUUAAGGAGCUUAUUUUUGAACCGAAAGAGUACAAGAUCUUUAACAAGGCUCUUAAAAGGGUUCAAGAUGAUGCACAGGUUAGGAUGAGGGUCGGAUACCCUAUUACAGGGUAUGGUCAAGAAAGUAGAAACCGUGCUGCUCGCCAACGCAUUCCCAACAGAAUAUGGCAUGAUGAAGAAGGGGUUGAGCACGUAGAGGUUAAUUUUUAUAUACGAGGGCCUCACGGAGCUGGGAAAGUAUUUGCCGAGAUGUUCAAUGACCAAGCAGACAAGCAAUGGAAGUACACAUAUUUGAUUGUUCAGAUACAAGCACCUUCCCCAGCACAACUGAUUUUGGAGUCUUAUCUGCCAAGUUAUAACGCAGCCAACUAG